UUUGGAAGUUUUAUAUUUCUAGAAGAUAGAGAAUCAUAAGAUAGAGAUGCAGAUUCGUUGAGAGAGAGAAACGGUGGAAGGACCAUCGUUUACGGUGGUUUACCAGUCGCGCACGGAGGCGCUUUUCAACUACCACCUACAUGAGCGACACACAAAGAAUCAUCGAUGAGGAGUGCGUUCCAGUGAAGUAUGACGAGUCUCCGGCAAAGAUCCGACCUUUUCCGGUAAUAAAUAAUUCCGGCAUGAAUCCGGUCAAGUUCCGACCAAGCUCCGGUGAACGGAAGUCGCAGCGACCACCGCCGGAACAAAACCACCACUGCCGUAGCAACCGCCGCCAGAACCACUUCGCCAACAAGGAAAUGUAGACUGCACCGCUAUUGUCGCCGUCCUCUUUACCUUAAUUGUCAUCGUCUCCAUGGUUGUUAACCUCCUAAAAAAGGAAGCUGUUUAUGAGACCCUUCUCAAUUACGGCCUUACGGGAUAUGCGACAAAAUCCAUCACUAGAUCAAUCAAUUCUGCAGUGUUCACUCCCUUCAAGAAGUUUAUAUCGACAUGUUUGAUCAGAUUGAUGAAACAAUGAAAGAUGCCCUUCAAGCUGAUUGUACACGUUAUGCACCAAGCAUUGAAAUUAUUAGUGUCCGUGUCACAAAGCCUAGAAUCCCUGAGAGGGUAAGGCGGAAUUUUGAACAGAUGGAAGAAGAACGCACCAAGGUGUUGGUAGCAGUAAAAAGGCAGAGGGUUGCUGAGAAGGAAGCAGAAACACAAAAGAAGAUAGCUAUUACAAAAGCCGAGAAGAAUGCUUAUGUCAGCAAAAUUGUAAUGGAACAAAAGUUGAUGGAAAAAGACAGUUUGAGAAUGCAAAAAGAAAUUGAGAAUGCCAUGUACAUUGCUCGAGAAAAAAGCUUAGCUGAUGCCAAAUAUUACCAGACUAUGAAAGAGGCUGAAGCAAAUAAGUUGAAACUCACACCCCAAUUUCUGGAGCUGAAAUUUAUCAAGGCGAUUUCCUACAUCACCAAAAUGUUCUUUGGAAAUAAGAUAUCGAAUAUGUUGAUGGAUCAAAGGCUACUUGGGAACUUUUUGCGACAUUUGAAAGGGAGAAAUGUUAGUUACAUAAGUUGCGCAAAGGAUUGUGGCAAAAAUGUAUCAACUUAAUGGAAAUAUAAAUCUAGCCCCGCCGCAUCGCGGCGGGUUACUUUUCUAGUUACUUUAUAACACAUAACCUAAUAGAAUUUAAUGAACAGGGAAACCAUGGAUUA